AUCCCCUUGGAGGAAAUGUAGGCACAGACGCACACGGGGCUCUUCGGUCGCCCGUUUUCAGGAGUCAUCCAGUUAAAUUCUUUAGGCAAUAAUAAUAACAAUAAUAACAAGCGUCAACAUGAAAGUCUCCAGCAUCGACUGCCGGCAUCUGAGGAAGAUCAUCAGGAAAGAGUGUGGGAGCUGCCUUAUUGUGGAUUGCCGACCUUAUUUCUCGUUCACGAACUCCAACAUCAAAGGCUCCGUUAAUGUAAAUCUCAACUCGGUGGUGGUCCGGAGAUCUCGAGGGGGUCCCGUACCUCUUCAGUUUGUCAUCCCGGACGAGAGAGCCCUGUUUCGGCUUCGGGAGGGGAGCAUAUCUGCUGUCGUAGCUCUGGAUGACCGGACGUCCCACUGGCAAAAACUGAAAAAGGACAGCGUAGCACAAAUAGUAAUAAACACCCUUUCCCAUCUAGCGAGCGGAGCAAACAUCUGCUUCCUGAAAGGAGGAUACGAGAACUUCCACUCUCAAUACCCUGAACUUUGCACUGAGGUGAAAACCAUUGACCAGAGCGGAACUGAAACCGAGAAAAGAGUCAACGGCCACAGCGAGAGGCUCUCUCACCGCAAACCAGAUUACGAUCAGGGUAAACCCGUAGAGAUCCUGCCUUUCCUCUACCUCGGUAGUGCCUACCACGCCUCCAGACAGGACUAUCUCAACGACCUUCACAUCACGGCCUUGCUCAAUGUGUCGCGCAGGGACCUGCAGCCGGCCAAGGGUCGCUAUGACUACAAGUGGAUCCCAGUGGAGGACAGCCACAUGGCCGACAUCAGCUCCCACUUCCAGGAGGCCAUAGAGUUUAUUGAUCACGUGAAGCAAUCAGGGGGGAAGGUCCUGGUACACUGCGAAGCAGGCAUCUCACGCUCGCCUACCAUCUGCAUGGCCUACAUCAUGAGGACCCAGCAGCUGCGGCUGGAUGCAGCCUUCGACAUCAUCAAGCAGCGCCGGGCAGUCAUCUCACCAAACUUUAGUUUUAUGGGUCAGCUGCUGCAGUUUGAGUCAGAGGUCCUGUCCAACGCCCCGGCUCUCGCUGCCACACCUGAACCGGCCACACCUUGCGCCCCAGAGUCGGCCUCCUUUUUUGCCAAUGACUUUACCACCACCUUUAACACCAAAAACUUUGAGCCAUCCGUGUUCACCCUCCCUACCUCUUGCCUGCAGUCCCCGGUCCAUCACCAGUUCAAACUGAGCCCAAUAACUGCACUGCCUUAAAAUGAACUGUGACUGCUUGUAGACUUACUUGAAAAUAUAUAUAAAUAAAAAAAAAUAAAUAAAAAAAAUCAAUGCUCUCUGUGUGCCUGGUGUUGAAACCAGCCGAGCAGAUAGAUCGGAGAUGAGCAACAGAAGAGUCAAGAGAUUAGUUUUCACUUCAUUGGACUUCCCAUGAAGUCUCUGGACUGUUGCUGGUUUCCUGUCUUCUGAACUGCAUCGAUGAAACAACACAGCACAGUGAUAAACUGCAAUAUACAUGCCUUAGGUUGAUAUUGUGAUUCAUUGCCUAUUCACAAACACAGUCAGGCAUUUGAACUUAAUUUAUUUGAAAAUACGGUCUGUUUUUUUUCAAUAAUGUGGAUAUUAAUAUGUGUUUAAUAAAUGUUUUCACCACAAAAA